AUGGCGGCCGUAGGGUCCGGAGGCUAUGCGCGGAACGAUGCAGGGGAGAAGCUGCCCUCUGUCAUGGCGGGAGUUCCGGCGCGGAGGGGCCAGUCCUCCCCGCCCCCCGCCCCACCGCUCUGCCUCCGGCGGCGGACGCGACUCUCGACGGCCUCCGAGGAGACGGUGCAGAACCGGGUGUCACUCGAGAAGGUGCUUGGCAUCACAGCCCAGAACAGCAGUGGACUAACCUGUGACCCCGGCGCAGGCCACGUGGCCUACCUGGCAGGAAUGUGGAGAAUGGGGCCUGCCUCUGAGAGCUGUGGAGAGGAUUCCAUAGCCGCCACUCUGUCUAGAACAGUUCCUGGCAUGUACUGUGUGGUGGUGAUUUUGGACCCCAAGGAGAACAAGCAGCAGCACAUCUUUAACACCGCCAGGAAGUCUCUCAGUGCUCUGGCCUUCUCCCCUGAUGGGAAGUACAUAGUGACAGGGGAGAAUGGGCAUAGGCCUGCUGUGCGCAUCUGGGAUGUGGAGGAGAAGAAUCAGGUGGCGGAGAUGCUAGGCCACAAGUAUGGUGUGGCGUGUGUGGCCUUCUCACCCAAUAUGAAGCACAUCGUGUCCAUGGGCUACCAACAUGACAUGGUGCUCAACGUCUGGGACUGGAAGAAAGACAUCGUAGUGGCCUCCAACAAGGUAUCUUGUAGAGUCAUCGCCCUCUCCUUCUCAGAGGACAGCAGCUAUUUUGUCACUGUUGGGAACCGGCAUGUGAGGUUCUGGUUCUUGGAAGUCUCCACUGAGACAAAGGUGACGAGCACAGUGCCCCUUGUAGGGCGCUCGGGCAUCCUGGGUGAGCUGCACAACAACAUCUUCUGUGGUGUGGCCUGCGGUCGGGGCCGGAUGGCAGGCAGUACCUUCUGUGUGUCCUACUCGGGCCUCCUCUGCCAGUUCAAUGAGAAGAGGGUGCUGGAGAAGUGGAUCAACCUGAAGGUCUCCCUGUCUUCCUGCCUCUGUGUCAGCCAGGAGUUCAUCUUCUGUGGCUGCACAGAUGGGAUAGUCCGCAUCUUCCAGGCCCAUAGCCUGCACUACCUCGCCAACCUGCCCAAGCCACACUACCUUGGGGUAGACGUGGCACAGGGCCUGGAGCCCAGCUUCCUCUUCCACAGGAAGGCGGAAGCAGUCUACCCAGAUACAGUGGCACUGACCUUCGACCCCAUCCACCAGUGGCUGUCCUGCGUGUAUAAGGACCACAGCAUCUACAUCUGGGAUGUCAAGGACAUCAACAAAGUGGGCAAGGUGUGGUCAGAGCUCUUCCACAGCUCCUACGUUUGGAAUGUGGAGGUGUAUCCUGAGUUUGAAGACCAGAGAGCUUGUUUGCCAUCAGGAUCCUUUCUGACUUGUUCUUCAGACAACACCAUUCGCUUCUGGAACUUGGACAGCAGCCCUGAUUCUCACUGGCAGAAAAACAUCUUCAGCAAUACCCUGCUGAAGGUCGUGUACGUGGAGAAUGACAUCCAGCACCUGCAGGACAUGUCACACUUCCCAGACCGGGGGAGCGAGAAUGGGACACCCAUGGACGUGAAAGCCGGGGUGCGGGUCAUGCAGGUCAGUCCUGACGGCCAGCAUUUGGCUUCAGGCGACCGAAGUGGAAAUCUGAGGAUCCACGAGCUGCACUUCAUGGACGAGCUGGUCAAGGUGGAGGCCCAUGAUGCUGAGGUGCUGUGCCUGGAGUACUCCAAGCCAGAGACGGGGCUGACCUUGCUGGCCUCAGCCAGUCGGGACCGGCUGAUCCAUGUGCUGAACGUGGAGAAGAACUACAACCUGGAGCAGACGCUGGAUGACCACUCCUCCUCCAUCACCGCCAUCAAGUUCGCUGGCAACAGAGACAUCCAGAUGAUCAGCUGUGGGGCUGACAAGAGCAUCUACUUUCGCAGUGCCCAGCAGGGUUCGGAUGGACUACACUUUGUCCGUACCCAUCACGUAGCAGAGAAAACCACCUUGUAUGACAUGGACAUUGACAUCACCCAGAAGUACGUGGCCGUGGCCUGCCAGGACCGCAAUGUGAGAGUCUACAACACUGUGAACGGGAAGCAGAAGAAGUGCUACAAGGGCUCCCAGGGUGACGAAGGGUCCUUGCUGAAGGUCCACGUGGACCCCUCAGGCACCUUCCUGGCCACCAGCUGCUCUGACAAAAGCAUCUCAGUGAUUGACUUUUACUCGGGCGAGUGCAUUGCCAAGAUGUUUGGCCAUUCAGAAAUUAUUACCAGCAUGAAGUUCACCUAUGACUGUCAUCACUUGAUCACAGUAUCUGGAGACAGCUGCGUGUUCAUCUGGCACCUGGGCCCGGAGAUCACCAACUGCAUGAAGCAGCACUUGCUGGAGAUUGACCACCGGCAGCAGCAGCAGCACACAAAGGACAAGAAGCGGAGCGGGCACCCCAGGCAGGAUACGUAUGUGUCCACACCUAGUGAGAUUCGCUCCCUGAGCCCUGGAGAGCAAACAGAGGAUGAUCUGGAGGAAGAGUGUGAGCCAGAAGAGAUGCUAAAGACACCAUCCAAAGACAGCUUGGAUCCAGAUCCUCGGUGCCUGCUAACCAACGGCAAGCUGCCACUGUGGGCAAAGCGGCUGCUAGGGGACGAUGAUGUGGCAGAUGGCUCGGCCUUCCACGCCAAGCGCAGCUACCAGCCCCACGGCCGCUGGGCAGAGCGGGCCGGCCAAGAGCCCCUCAAGACCAUCCUGGAUGCCCAGGACCUGGAUUGCUACUUUACCCCCAUGAAGCCCGAGAGUCUGGAGAACUCCAUUCUGGAUUCACUGGAGCCACAGAGCCUGGCCAGCCUGCUGAGUGAGUCAGAGAGUCCCCAGGAAGCUGGCCGCGGGCACCCCUCCUUCCUGCCCCAGCAGAAGGAAUCAUCUGAGGCCAGUGAGCUCAUCCUUUACUCUCUGGAGGCAGAAGUGACAGUCACAGGGACAGACAGCCAGUAUUGCAGGAAGGAGGUGGAGGCCGGGCCUGGAGACCAGCAGGGCGACUCCUACCUCAGGGUGUCCUCUGACAGCCCAAAGGACCAGAGCCCGCCUGAGGACUCGGGGGAGUCAGAGGCCGACCUGGAGUGCAGCUUCUCAGCCAUCCACUCCCCAGCUCCGCCUCCUGACCCUGCCCCUCGGUUUGCCACGUCGCUGCCCCAUUUCCCAGGAUGCGCAGGUCCCACAGAAGAUGAGCUGUCCCUGCCUGAGGGACCCAGCGUCCCCAGCAGCUCCCUACCCCAGACUCCAGAGCAGGAGAAGUUCCUCCGCCACCACUUUGAGACACUGACUGAGUCCCCCUGCAGAGAGCUCUUCCCCGCAGCUCUGGGAGACACGGAGGCCUCUGAAGCUGAAGACUACUUCUUCAACCCACGCCUGAGCAUCUCCACGCAGUUCCUCUCAAGCCUCCAGAAGGCAUCCAGGUUCACCCAUACCUUCCCUCCCCGGGCAACCCAGUGCCUUGUGAAGUCUCCAGAGGUCAAGCUCAUGGACCGAGGCGGAAGCCAGCCCAGAGCAGGUACUGGCUACGCCUCCCCAGACAGGACCCACGUCCUCGCUGCAGGGAAGGCUGAAGAGACCCUGGAGGCCUGGCGCCUACCACCUCCCUGCCUUACGAGCCUGGUGUCCUGUGUCCCUGCUUCCUCCGUGCUGUCCACAGACAGGAAGCUCCCAACGCCCACAUCUGCACCCACCCCAGGCCUGGCUCAGGGUGUCCAUGCCCCCUCCACCUGUUCCUACAUGGAGGCCACUGCCAGCUCCCGUGCCAGGAUAUCACGCAGCAUCUCCCUCGGUGACAGUGAGGGCCCUAUCGUGGCCACACUGGCCCAGCCCCUCCGUAGGCCAUCGUCCGUUGGGGAGCUGGCCUCCUUGGGCCAGGAGCUUCAGGCCAUCACCACUGCGACAACACCCAGUUUGGACAGUGAGGGCCAAGAGCCUGCCCUGCGUUCCUGGGGCAACCACGAGGCCCGGGCCAACCUGAGACUGACCCUGUCAAGUGUCUGUGAUGGGCUCCUGCUGCCCCCCGUGGAUGCCCAGCCUGGCGUCACCGUCCCGGCAGUGAGCUUCCCAGCCCCUAGCCCCGUGGAAGAGAGCGCCCUGAGGCUCCAUGGCUCUGCCUUUCGCCCAAGUCUCCCAGCUCCUGAGUCCCCUGGCCUUCCUGCCCACCCCAGUAACCCCCAGCUUCCAGAGGCCGGGCCUGGCGUCCCUGGCGGCACUGCCUCCCUCCUGGAGCCCACCUCCGGUGCACUUGGUCUGUUCCAGGGCAGCCCUGCCCGCUGGAGUGAGCCCUGGGUGCCGGUUGAAGCCCUGCCACCGUCUCCCCUUGAGCUGAGCAGGGUGGGGAACAUCUUGCACAGGCUGCAGACCACCUUCCAAGAAGCCCUCGACCUUUACCGUGUGUUGGUCUCCAGUGGCCAGGUGGACACCGGGCAGCAGCAGGCACGGACUGAGCUGGUCUCCACCUUCCUGUGGAUCCACAGCCAGCUGGAGGCCGAAUGCCUGGUGGGGACUAGUGUGGCCCCAGCCCAGGCUCUGCCCAGCCCAGGACCCCCGUCCCCACCGACGCUGUACCCCCUGGCCAGCCCAGACCUGCAGGCCCUGCUGGAACACUACUCGGAGCUGCUGGUGCAGGCCGUGCGGAGGAAGGCACGGGGUCACUGAGGGCGCAGCCCCUCCACCGCAGCCCUGCUGCCUCUGAGGACUUAGGUAUUUUAAGCGAAUAAACUGACAGCUUGGAGGAA